CCAGCCAGCAAUCAGCAAAGCAAACAAGCCGCGUUUUGUCUCUUUUAGUGAGUGACAAAAUAUAAAACCCCAAAUAAAUUCCAAAUUUACUUCUUCAUUUCUUCUUCCUACUCCUCUGUAUCUCUACUGUAGGGAGUCGGUGAUCCACUGCACUCUGCACCCAACCAAAUUGACAACUCCGUUGUUAUUUUUUCCGCUUCACGCGGCUUUCCAUUUCAGCCCCUCUGUUUUCGCUCUUCUUCACCAAAAUCCACUCCCCUGCCACCUUAAAAUCGAACCCAAAACCUGCCCGCUCUCUCUCUCUCUCUCUCUCUCUCUCAGAGACUCACUCGAUCAUACGAAAUUUACACUAAAAAAAUGCCAGAAAUUCAGUUGGGUUCUCACACUGUAAGAUCUCAUGGAGUAAAGGUAUUGAGGAUUCAUAUGCAUGACUGGCUGAUUCUACUGGUUCUUGCGGCGACAGAUCUGGGUUUGAACUUGAUAGAACCUUUUCACCGCUUUGUUGGAGAGGACAUGAUGACAGACCUGAAAUACCCAUUGAAAGACAAUACAGUUCCCUUCUGGGGUGUUCCAAUAAUUGCAGUACUGUUGCCACUUGCUGUCAUUCUUGUUUACUACUUCAUUCGAAAGGAUGUCUAUGAUCUGCACCACGCCAUUUUAGGCCUUCUAUUUUCCAUCUUUAUAACCGCUGUUUUAACUGAUGCAAUCAAAGAUGGUGUUGGUCGACCUCGUCCAGACUUCUUUUGGCGUUGUUUCCCUGAUGGCAAAGGGGUGUUUGAUCCAAUCACAAAGAAUGUCAUGUGUACUGGAAGCAAGAGUGUCAUUAAGGAAGGACACAAAAGCUUCCCCAGCGGGCAUACUUCAUGGUCCUUUGCAGGUCUUGGUUUCAUUGCAUGGUAUCUAUCAGGGAAAGUUAGGGUGUUUGAUCGUAGGGGACAUGUUGCAAAGCUCUGUAUUGUCCUUCUACCAUUACUUCUUGCGGCAAUGAUAGCAGUUUCUCGAGUUGAUGACUAUUGGCAUCAUUGGCAAGAUGUUUUUGCCGGCGGGCUUAUAGGAAUCACCAUUGCUUCAUUUUGUUACCUGCAAUUCUUUCCACCUCCGUAUGACACAGACGGUUGGGGACCUCAUGCGUACUUUCAGAUGCUGGCAGAGUCUCAAAAUCGCGAUGAGGCCUUGUCUCCCAAUGCCAAUAGUCUCAGUGUGCAGCAAACAGAGCUUGAGAGUAUAUACAUCCAGUCUCAGCAUGGUGUUGAAACAUCACGAGGCUAUAGUGGAGACACAAACCCCAUUCUGAAUGGGCGGGAAAGUGGGAGACACUUGAGUGUAGGCUGACUGUAGAGAAGAAUAGAGUUAGUGAUCAGGUGUUCAUAUUUUAGGAUCGACGCCGUGUGAAUUUCAUACACAGAUCUCAGAAUGCAGAUGAAAUUUGGACCA